AGGUUGCGAAUGCCAUGCGAGGAGCUAAGGAUGGUUCAGAUAUAGCCUACCUUCCCUUGUUUUCAGAAGUGAGUCAAUCGGAUCAUUCAAUAGUCUGCUAUUCAAAGAGACACGAUGUCUUCCUCAACCUACUUGUGACGGGUGGGACUUCCAGCCGCAGUGACGACCGAGUUGGCCCAGACAUGGGAGCGACGGCUCUAUGUCAUCAGGUGUGGAUGGAAGCGAGACGGUGUGCGCCACUCUGUGAUGUUGUGCGUAUACUGAAGGCCAAAGUUGCGAUGACUAUCAAGAAAGCACGAAUAAAACGUUCUUCUUCUGUCGAGAAGGCACAUGCGCGAGCACUACAAUCGGCUGGACAAUGGCUGUGGGUGAUCUUGGCCUACAACGCGCUGCAGAAUGCUUCGCAACCAUACAAGUACCACAAAGUGAUCCAGAAGGUGUGUGGUCUCAAAUAA